CAUCCCCAAUUGUAAGAAUCCUUUUUUUUUUCCGAGAUCCAAUUGCAAGAACGCUGCUGGAACAGGGUCAGCCUCGGGAGGAAAGGACAUCACGGUGGGACGGAAUCGCCGAUCUCUCACCGAUUUCCAUGAGCGGGAGCAGCGGCGGCCGCGGAAGGCAAGGACCUGAGGGCUUGCCCGUCCCGGGGCCCUGCGCCUCGACCCACCAGGCUCUCGCCGAGUGCCACCGCCGGGCCGCCCGCGGCCCACUGCAGCCGGAGGUGCUGUGCCGGCACCUAAACCGGGCCCUGGCCGAGUGCCUGGUGACCAUGUGCUGCCCCGGCGAGACCGAGGCCGUGCGCACCCUCUGCGGCAGCUUCGGCACCGCGCUCAAACGAUCCCAGUGCCAGCGCGCGCGCAUCGACCUCUCCCUCUGCCUCGAGGCCCAUCAGGAGACAUGACCUGCAUAACCAAUGUGAUCUGUGUCUCCACCUGAAUGGUCUGAGUUUGUAUACGUGGGAGCAGGCUGGCGCAUCAUUGUCUUAAUAUCAUUGUGAACAUUGAGUAUCCAGUGAAGAAGUCAGAAGCAAGCAUCCCGAGCAAAUAGAAGCAACAAGCUC